UCUCCGUCUCUCUCUUCUUACUGGCUGCACAACAUCAGCCGGCUCUCGAGGUGGACUCGAGUAAACACUCUCGGAGAACAGAGGGAAGAUGACAGAGCUGUCAGCGCUCUGAGAGGUACUGAGAGCGUUUAUCGGGGGCUGGCUGAUAAGGUUUCCAACGCCUGCUUCUGCUCACAUUUCCUCAUCAGUGGAGGAGCCGUGAGCAUCGUGCGCCUCGCGUGAGCACCCAUUUGAUCCCAGAACAGUCGCCACAACCACGUCCUGAGGUUCGGGGCGUCAUCAUGGGGAUGAAAGGCUUCCUCUUUGGUUGCGUCACCGUGGCCCUGCUCCUCGAGCUCUCGGCCGCCGGCCUGGUCAAGAAGGUCAUCCGCCACCGUCGGGAUUCUCUGGCGCCGACGAAAACCCAGGAGAACCUCACCCUGCCCCACCCGGACCAGCCGGUGGUGUUCAACCACGUCUACAACAUCAACGUCCCCGCCACGUCCCUCUGCUCCGUGCACCUCGACUCUCCCGGCGACGGCGAGCUCAAACACAAGGGCGGCGGCGCCCCGAUGGAGAUGCAGAACUCCGAGCACAUCGAGCACACGCUGGACGGCGACAAUCAGAUCGUCUUCACCCACCGCAUCAAUAUCCCCAAGCAGGCGUGCGGCUGCGACAACCAGCUGGGCAUCAAGGACAUCCUGAGCAGGCUGGAGAUGCUGGAGUCCGAGCUGUCGGGUUUGAGAGAGCAGUGCGGCAGCGGGACGGGCUGCUGUGGAUCUCAGGUUACGGGUGAAGUGUCCACAAAGCCCUUCUGUAACGGCCGUGGCAACUGGAGCGCCGACACCUGCGGCUGCGUGUGUGAACCUGGAUGGAAGGGCCCCAACUGCACCGAACCAGAAUGCCCCAACGACUGCCAGGACCAGGGCCGCUGCGUGGAUGGCAAAUGCCAGUGCUUCGAGGGCUUCGGCGGUGGCGACUGCGGCGUCGAGCUCUGUCUGCUGGACUGCGGCGACUACGGCCACUGUGUCGACGGGUCCUGCCUCUGCGAGGAGGGCUUCGUCGGCGAGGACUGCGCCCGCACCGACUGCCUGAACAACUGCCUGGGACGCGGCCGGUGCGUCGACGAGGAGUGCGUCUGCGACGAGCCGUGGGCGGGCGCCGACUGCUCCGAACUCAUCUGCCCCAACGACUGCUACGACCGCGGCCGCUGCGUCAACGGCACCUGCUACUGCGACGACGGCUUCGCCGGAGAGGACUGCGGGGCGCCCACUUGCGCGGGCAACUGCAACAACCGCGGCGUGUGCGCCGACGGCCGGUGCGCGUGCCAGAGCGGCUACAGCGGAGACGACUGCUCGAAGCUCACCUGUCCCGAGAACUGCAGCGAGCGAGGCCACUGCUUCAACGGGAAGUGCAUCUGCGAUCCGGGAUUCGAGGGUGAAGAUUGCGCCGUCCUCUCGUGCCCCGACGGCUGCGGCGACAGGGGCCAGUGCGUUAACGGAGGAUGCGUAUGCGAUGUCGGGUACCAAGGCGAAGACUGCAGCGAGGUCUCUUGCCCGAACAAUUGCCAAGACCGCGGCCGAUGCGUCGAUGGACGAUGCGCGUGCGAAAGAGGCUUCGCCGGCGAGGACUGCGGCGUGAAGUCCUGUCCCAAAGCCUGCAUGGGUCGCGGGGACUGCGUGGACGGCAAGUGCGCGUGCUUCGUCGGCUUCACCGGGGAAGACUGCGGCGGGCUGACCUGCCCCAACGACUGCCUGGACCGCGGCCGCUGCGAGGACGGGCAAUGCGUUUGCCACGAGGGUUUCACCGGGGAGGACUGCGGUGAGAAGACGUGUCCCAAGAACUGUCUGGACAGAGGCUACUGCGUGGACGGCGGCUGCGUGUGUUACGAAGGUUUCACCGGGCCGGACUGCUCCGCGCUGACCUGCCCGAAUGACUGCCGGGACCAGGGGCACUGCGAGGACGGAGUUUGCGUUUGCAGCGAGGGCUUUGUUGGAGAGGACUGCUCCGAAGUCUCGCCACCCAAGGACCUGAUGGUGGCGGUGGUCACUGCAGAGACGGUGGACCUGUCCUGGAGGAAUGAGAUGCGAGUGACCGAGUACCUGAUCACCUACGCCCCGACGUCCCCUGGAGGUCUGGAGCUGGAUGUGCGGGUGCCCGGAGACCAGAUGAUGGCCACGAUUCGGGAGCUCGAGCCUGGCGUAGAGUACCUGAUCAGCGUCUACGCUGUGCUCAACAACAAGAGGAGUCUUCCCGUCAGCGCUCGGGUGGCGACACAUCUGCCCGAGCCCGAGGGGCUCAAGUUCAAGUCGGUGCGGGAGACGUCAGUGGAGGUGCAGUGGGACCCGCUGGACGUCGCCUUCGAUGGCUGGAACCUCAUCUUCAGAAACACAAAAGAGGAAGAUGGCGAGAUUCUGAACGCCCUCGGCCGUCCAGAGACCACCUUCGAGCAGUCGGGCCUGGGCCCGGGCCAGGAGUAUGAGGUCAAGCUGGAGGUGGUGAAGAACAACAAGCGUGGACCGCCAGCCUCCCAGAACGUCGUCACAAUGAUCGACGCCCCCAGCCAGGUGCACGUGCGCGACGUGACGGACACCACGGCGCUGGUGACCUGGUUUCAGCCCGUGGCCCGGGUGGACGGGGUCAGCGUCUCCUACGGGCUCAGCUCCAACCCCGCCGAUCGCACCGUGGUCGAGCUGUCCUUGCCCGACACCCAGUACCACCUGGGAGGCCUCAUCCCCGACACCCAGUACGAGGUGAGCCUGUUGGCUCGGAGGGGAGAGCGGACCAGCGUCCCCGUCUACCAGUCUUUCCUCACAGACCUGGACGCCCCUAGAGACCUGCAGACGGUGGAGCUGACCGACGAGAGCAUCACCCUGGAGUGGAGGAACAGCCGAGCCCCGGUGGAGAACUACCGCAUCAAGUAUGGACCGCUGUCCGGAGGGGAGCACGGGGAGAUGCUCUUCCCCCCGGGACCCAAGGACAGCACCCAGGCCAAGAUCACCGGCCUGAGACCUGGCACCGAGUACGGGAUGGGCGUGACCGCGGUGACGGAGGAGCGGGAGAGUCUGCCGACGACCACCAACGCAGUGACCGCCCUGGACGCUCCCAAGGACCUGACCGUGGCGGAGGUGACGGAGACCACCAUGAUGCUGGAGUGGAAACGCCCCCUGGCCAAACUGGACUCCUUCCGACUGGUUUACGUGUCGGCCGACGGCCACCGGGUGGAGGACGUGGUCCCGGGCAGCUCCGAGUCCCACGCCCUGCGGGGCCUGACACCCGGCACGCUGUACACCGUCAGCAUCAUCGCCGAGAGGGGCCGCAGGACCAGCACACCCACCACCAUCUCAGCACCCACAGAGGAGGAGACGCCUUCGGUGACCAACGUCACCGUCAGCGACGUGUCGUGGGACAGCUUCCUCCUGUCCUGGUCCGCCGAGGACGGGGCGUUCGAGGCCUUUCUGAUCGAGGUCAUCGACGCAGAGACGGGCGACGAGUGUCAAAACCACACGGUGCCCGCCAAUGCUCGCUACUUCGCCGUCUCUGGCCUGUCCUCCACCACCUGGUACAGGGCCAGUCUGUACGGGGUGCACAGGGGGGCGCUCGUAGACCCCGUCUUUGCAGACACGAUCACAGAGGUGGAACCAGAGGUGGAGGCUCUCCUAGUCUCCGACGUCACCCCCGAGAGCUUUAGGCUGGCCUGGACGGCCGAGGAGGACUCCUUCGACACCUUCGUGGUGAUGGUCAGGGAGGCCGAGGGCCCGGGCCAGCCCAGCGAGCUGGUGCUGGGCGGCGAGGAGAGCGGCGCCGCCUUCACCCGCCUCGCCGAGGACACGGAGUACAGAGUCAAAAUCUUUGGUCUGGUUCUGGGGAGACGCUCCAAGUCUUUAGAGGAGUGGGUGAGAACAGGCCUGGGCUCGCCCACGGGCAUCCGCUUCUCCGACGUCACGGACACGUCGGCCACCGUCCACUGGGCGCCGCCCAAGGCUCGGGUGGACGGCAGCAGGGUCACGUAUGUGCCCGCUCAUGGAGGUAAUGCGAAGACGCUGACGGUGGACGGCUCUCAGUCUCAGACUGUGCUGCCCAACCUGACCCCCGGGGUCACCUAUGAGGUCACCGUUGUGGCCGUCAAGGGUCAAAGGGAGAGUGAGCCUGCAUCAGACAGCGUCAGUACAGCCCUGGAUAAGCCCCGCGGUCUGACUGCCAUCAACAUCACAGACAGCGAAGCUCUGCUGCUCUGGCAGCCCGCCAUCGCCACCGUCGACGGCUACGUCAUCACCUACAGUGCCGACUCGGUGGCUCCAGUGAUGGAGCGCGUGUCUGGAAACGUGGUGGACUUUGACAUGAGCUCUCUGACGCCGGCGACGCUCUACACGGUGAAGGUGUACGCCGUGAGGGACCUGGCCAAGAGCGCGGCCACGACCACCGAGUUCACCACCGAUGUGGACGCCCCUCAGGACCUGGCGGCUGGUAACAUCCAGACGGAGAACGGCAUGCUGACGUGGAAGCCGCCUCGCGCCGACAUCACCGGCUACAUCCUCAGCUUCGAGGCCGCGGACGGCACCAUCCGCGAGGUGGUCCUCAGUCCCAACGCCGUCUCCUACAACAUGGCUCAGCUCAGCGCCUCCACGCGGUAUUCGGUCAAGCUGCAGGCCAUCGCCGGUCCCAAGAGAAGCAGUGUCGUCACGACCGUCUUCACCACCACUGGCGUGCUGUACCGGUUCCCCAGGGACUGCUCCCAGGCCCUGCUGAACGGCGACACCAUCUCAGACCUGUACACCAUCUAUCUGGGCGGAGACGAGAGACAGCCGGUCCAGGUCUACUGCGACAUGAGCAGCGACGGAGGCGGAUGGAUCGUCUUCCUCCGACGACAGAGCGGCAGAUUGGAGUUUUUCCGCAACUGGAGGAAUUACACAGGCGGCUUCGGUGACAUGAAUGACGAAUUCUGGCUCGGUCUUUCCAACCUGCAUAAGAUCACAGCUGGAGGUCAGUUCGAGCUGCGAGUGGACCUGAGAGAUAAGGGAGAAACCGCCUACGCUCAGUACGACAAGUUCUCCAUCUCUGAACCUCGGAGCCGCUACAAGGUCCACGUGGGAGGAUACAGUGGAACAGCGGGCGACUCGAUGACCUACCACCACGGCCGUCCCUUCUCCACCUACGACCACGACAACGACAUCGCUGUCACCAACUGUGCCCUGUCCUAUAAGGGAGCCUUCUGGUAUAAGAACUGCCACCGCGUCAACCUCAUGGGACGAUAUGGAGACAACAGCCACAGCAAGGGAGUGAACUGGUUCCACUGGAAAGGCCAUGAGCACUCGAUCGAGUUCGCCGAGAUGAAGAUCAGGCCGUCCAACUUCAGGAACCUGGAGGGAAGGAGGAAACGGUCAUAGACGAUCAACCGACACCACCACCGACACCACCACCAACAACAACAACAACAACAACAACACUGCUACUACUCUGUCUGGACUGUCCCCAUAAAUCACCUUCGACCCUGCAGCGACCAAAGCCACUGCCGAGAGCCCUGCUGCCUCCACGCAAAAAACAACAACAACAACCCCUCCACCCCCCCACCAAUCGACUCCACCCCCCCCCCCCCCCUCUGUGAUACGGUUGUAGGAAUGCUGCAGGUGCGGAAAAAAAUAAAUAAUCGAUGUGCAUGUUACGAACCAGACUUAAAUCGAAGCCCACGCGGAUCCUCCUCACGCACCAAAGAGAGCAAGAACAACCCCCCCACCCCCACUCCCCCGAUUUCUCUAGUGUUGCGGCAUUUGUGGGGAGGCGACUGUGCAGUUUGGGCAUUAUGUUGUGUACAGAUUAAUACAGUUCCCUACUUCAACUUGUGUGGUGUUACAGAAAGGACAGACUGUUUAGAGCACAAUGGGGUCUUGUUUAGGUUCAGGGCCGAUGAUACGGUGAUAAUUCCACUGGAUUGUCGUAGACAUUCUAUUCCUUGUACAGCACUGUACACAUAUGCGUCAGAUUUAAACAUUUGAAGAGGGAUGUUCCUCGGAUGGCACUGCUCAGAUCUCCGUCUUGCCAUUUGUUUGUCUUUGUGCUUAACUCGUCUCAGUGUCACUUUAUCCUCCCCAAGUUAUAGAAAUGAACAGAGAAAAAAAAGUAGAAAUUCGCAUGGAGAAAAAAAAGUAUUUCACCCGCCACAUCCCACGUGGAUUGCUAUGUUUCCAUUCAUUGCGUAAGCCCCCUGAACGCAUCAUGCUACAGCCACAGUAUUGUAGAAAACAGAGAAAAGAGAACAGCUGAUGUGUUUCCAUGUGUUUCGUUUCCCUUCCGAGGCAGGACCUGUUAUCCAGUAUCAAAUGAAACAAGGUGAUGACUUUUUUUGUGUGUGUGCAAAAUGUGAAUACAGUACAUAUAUGUGGAACAGGAGGCCGUUCUGUGUGGUUGACACGAAAGAUGUCGCUCACAUUUUUUUUUUAAAUGGCCAAUUCCAAUUGAAUUACAUUAGACAUAUAUCUAUGCUUAUGUUUAUGAGAAUAAUGUUUGACCCCCCCCCCCCCCCGUCCUAGCCCCUGCUACAGAGGCAUACUAAACCACUGACCUUCUAAAGAAUGCCUGUGUAAAUUAAGUUUUGUUUUUAUUGUUUUGUUUGUUUAUAACUGGGCGAACAACAGGUAUUUCUCUGUCAGCUGUAUUACAAUAAAACAGUUUGUUUAAAAGGAA